AUGGCGUUUUACGCAGACGAAGAGGAGGUGUGGAAAUGUCCACAACACCCUUCCAAGCGGAGGAAGACCGGAAUUUGCCCAACCUGCCUUCGUGACCGACUCAACACCCUCUGCCCCGACUGCGCUAACGUGCGCCCCUGUGCGUGCUGCCCCACCUCCGCCACCACGUCGUCUAACUCCUCUUCUUCCUCUUCCUUCUCUCUCUUUUCCUCCCGCAGUGUCCGGGAGUCCUCCAGGGCCGCCGGCGUCGGCUCCGUCGGCCGCGUUUCCAACCUCAUCGAAAGCGAACCUUCCUUCCACCGCUCCCGAUCCGUCGGACUCCCCUUCCUCCGCUCUCGGUUAGCAUCAGUCAGAGAUUACGGUGGCAGCAAAACUCCGGCUCCGGGAACUCAGUCCAGAUCGUCGUUCUGGUCGGUGUUCAGGACGCGCAAGAACAAGAAAGGCGCCGAAGAAGAAGACGAAGAGUCGAAGAGGCCGGAAUAUUACGUGCAACGGAUGAUGAUGAGAUCAAGAUCUGUGAGCGUGCCGGCGGCGUCAAACCGAGUCGCCGGAGACGUCAGAGCAUCGCCGGGAAAAAACAGGGGCUGGUACUUCCCCAGCCCCAUCAAAGCUUUCCGGCACUGGACAACUCCCAGAGUCGUUCGAGAACGAUCUCCUUUGUAUAGAGGUUAA